AGCGCCAAUUAGAUACCUAUGGACAAACAUGCCAACUAUGAAAAGCAUCACAACAAGCAUGGACGAAUCGACGCAUAUAAAGGAAAACAUUGAUUUCCGUCGCAAUCUCGCAUUAAUGCGAAAAACUGGGAUGUUCUGCGAUGCCAAUAUUUGCAUUCCCGGCGAAUCGAAAACAUUGCCUGUUCAUCGGGCAAUCAUGUCAAGUUGCAGCGAAUUCUUCAGAUCUCUUUUCACCAACGGUCUUCAAGAAACCCUUACAAAUGAAGUGACAAUCCAAGGAAUUUCUAUGAAGAUGAUGGAAAUGGUAAUUGAUUACGCUUACACGAAAGAAGUUACAAUUACUACCGACAUUGUUGAAGAGUUAUUCGCAGCCGCCGAUAGAUUCAACGUUUUAGGCCUAUUACAAGAAUGCAUAGAUUUCUUUGCGUCAGAAAUAGCUCCGGAAAAUUGUAUCGGUUUUCUACGAUUUGCCAGAUACUACAACAACAAAGAACUUGGCGAUUUAUGCUGGGUCUUUGUCACGUCACAUUUCAAAGAAAUUACAGAGCGUAGUGAUGAAUUCUCGCAAUUAGAACCAGAAGAGCUGUAUGAGAUUAUAUCUGACGAUAAGCUUAACGCUCAUUUGGAAGACGACGUAUAUGAAGCAGUUAUGAAGUGGACAGACUUUGCUCCAAGGGAACGUAAAGAGCAUGUCACAAUUCUUCUCGAGGCGGUCAGAUUUCCGUUUAUAACAGAAGAAUGCUUCAAAGACAAGAUUUUACAUCGCAGGGACCUCAAACGAGGCCCAUGUAUGGACAGGAUAUUAGAGUCAUAUGAUAUGGUGAAGAAAUACCGAUCAACAAGAGAUCCAUCGGUAAAAUCAAAAACCUUCAUGUUGACCCAAACGACGAUGCCCCGGAUUCCAAAUCAGGUUAUAAUCGUUCUCGGUGGAUGGGCAAAAGAAGGAGUAACGGAUUCAGUUGAGACAUACGACAAGGUCGCUGACCAGUGGUUCGAAAUAAGGGAAUGCGAGUUGCCCCGGCCCCGGGCCUAUCACGGCACUGUAACCAUUCGAGAUAAGAUUUACGUCGCAGGUGGGUUCGACGGGUCGAAUUACUUGAACGGAAUGGUCAUGUUUGACGUCUCGAAGAAGAAGUGGGAAGAAAAGGCGUCCAUGUACAUGUCCAGAUGUUACGUCAGCGUCGUUGAGAUCGACGGCGUUAUAUAUGCCUGCGGCGGAUACGACGGACGUCAGCGUCAUAACUCCAUGGAGCGCUACGACCGGACGCGGAACCAGUGGACGCUCGUCACGCCCAUGUUUAACCGCCGUAGCGACGCUGGGGCGACCACUCUAAGAGGCAAACUCUACAUCGCCGGCGGAUUCGACGGCACGGCGUGUCUGCUAACGGCCGAAAUGUACGACCCCGUUGCCGACCAGUGGACGCUCCUCACCCAGAUGGCAAUGCGGCGCAGCGGCGUCAGUCUUGUGGCCUGCGAGGACCACGUGUACGCCGUUGGCGGAUAUGACGGUCACCGCCGCCUCGAGACGGUGGAGUACUUUGACCACAUCCGGGGCCUAUGGCAUUCUGCCACCAGCAUGCUUCUCGGGCGGAGUAAUUUCUCGUGCGUUGUCAUGGACGGAAAUAUUUAUGCUAUGGGAGGCUACGACGGUGAGAAAACGUCACCGGAAAUGGAGUGCUACCGAUCGGACAAGAAAACCUGGUACGCCAUGAACGACAUGAAGAUCGGAAGAAGUGCAGUUAGCGCAUGCGCCGUUCGCGACAUUUACAACACACGCGACUUCUCGUUUCACGGCAAUGGUGCCAGAGCCACAGACAUUGAUGAGAUCUUCGAGGAAACGGAAACAGCCACGGCGACCAAAAACACGGAGUUCGCACGCAGACUGAACAAAUGGAGAACGUCUCCAAAUGCACGAGGAAAUGUAACGGAGAUCUGAAGCGCAAUAUACUGUGUUAGAGUGAAUGACACAUUUUUUGAAGAAUAUAUAUGUGUGCAAACUCAAAGAUUAAGGUUGUCACAUUCAAGUACUUCAAACGUCACAAAAGAAAUUCAUAUGAUGCAGCCAUUUCAACGCAGUCCCUCUAAUUGUAUUCGACAAUACUUUCCGAUGAGAUAUUUACUUAAACCUUUACAAUUUUUCUGAAAUUUUUGGUAGUGAUUUAUUUUCGUGUAUAAUUUAUAAUACUUUUAACACACACAUUUAACAAAUAAUUGUCAUAUGUGAUAUCAUGAUAUGUGUGUUUCUGGUAAUUAAAACCGUUAAGUACAUGAAGCCACAAUGGAACAAAUAGAACUCUCAGCACUUUGAUUAAAGCGGUAAGCAGUUUCCAUGCUCUGCCAAUGCUUGCUGCAUUGAUCCGAAACCUGGCGCCUAAAUGGCCAAAACGCACUGACCAAUGAAUUGAUUUUGAAAAGGAGUUACUAUUUUGUUCAGUAAAAGAAACAUUUAGAUCAAUUACAUCCGACAGUAACAGUAUUUGUUUAUCAAGUAUCUUAAGUUUUGUUAAUAGAAAACACAUACAGAAGAAGUUGCUUUUUUACUUAUGUGAUAACAUGCUAAUAUUUUAUAAAUAUUUCGCAAUAGGUUCUUCGCAGUACAAUAUUCAAACAUGUAAGUCCGUUAAGCGUUUAAUGUAAGUUAAAGAAGUUGUGUUAUUUUACAAACACAGCACAUGAAUGGACUGUGUAGUUUUAUAAUUAAAUUGUCAGCAACAUUUGAUUGUGUAACUUCCUCUUGCAUAUCACACAUGAUCCCAAUGAUUUAAUAUAAAUUUGCGUUUGCUUGUUUAUGCUUGAAGUCAUAUUGAUAGUUUGCAUAUACAAUCUAUAAUGUGAACUUAAGUGAUAAAAUGGUAAUUAAAGUAACACGUUUCA